AUGUACGAUUUUCCAGAUAUACCGUUUCGGUUAUCGACUGCAGUGAAACACGAAAUCGAAACUGCUUCCGACUACUCGGAACAUCCUCGACUCGCAGGCACGCCCCUUGCCAUGCUCGCCGCACAAUGUAACAAGCUCGCCAGCAAGAGCCCUCCUCCGCUCGCAGACGCCGCCGUUGGCAAGGGCUUCCACCCCUGGAAGAAAGGGGCCAAACCCACCUCCAGUCCCGGAGCGCACCCCCUCGCUUCGCAGCGAGUAACCACCCUGGCCAACAGCACCGCCCCAGCGCACCUCAACUACCAGCGGCCCAUAGUCACGUCAGCCUGCAGUUCGGCCUCCUACGGCGGAGAGAACCUUUUCUAUCCAGGGGCGGCGGUGACGAGUUCCCAAGGCGACGGAUCGCAGGCUCCCCUCCUCGGAAAGGUUCACGGCGAUUCGUCUCAUCUUGGCUCCAUGUACUCGCGAGUCGCCAAUCACCCCUACGAGAGCUGGGCCUUCAACAUGAACGUCGCCGGGGCGCCCCACGGUGCCAUCAAGUCCGAGGUGUCUUCAGUCAACUCGCUGAACUCCACGUCCUGGUGGGACAUGCACGGGGCCAGCGCAGGCUCCUGGCUGGACAUGUCCGGUGCCGCCUCCGGCCUGCACUCUUCCGGAUUGCCCGCCAACUAUCCGACCUCGGACUACGGCCUGGGUCCGAGCCUGGCCGCCUCCAACGCGGCACACAUGUUGUCCUCCGGACAGCACUUGCUGCAGGACACUUACAAGUCGAUGCUUCCGUCGGCGCAGGGGCCCUCGGUGGGCGGGCCCUUCGCCCUGAGCCAGCCCGGGCUGUCCCAGAUGCCCUCGCCCCGCUCCCAGCGUCGCUACAGCGGCAGGGCCACCUGCGACUGCCCCAACUGCCAGGAGGCAGAGCGUCUGGGGCCCGCCGGGGCCCACAUGCGCAAGAAGAACAUACACAGCUGCCACAUUCCGGGCUGCGGCAAAGUCUACGGCAAAACGUCCCACCUGAAGGCCCACCUCAGGUGGCACACGGGCGAGAGACCAUUCGUGUGCAACUGGCUGUUUUGCGGCAAACGUUUCACGCGGUCCGACGAACUGCAGCGUCACCUGAGGACCCACACGGGGGAAAAGCGGUUCGCGUGUCCUAUCUGCAACAAGCGGUUCAUGCGCUCCGAUCACCUCAGCAAGCACGUCAAGACGCACAACGGCAACCCAGACAAGAAAGGCUCCAGCAGUGGGAGCUGUAGUGACUCCGAAAACAGUCAGUCAGAACCGCCAAGCGUCAACUCUCCUGUUUCGGUAGGUAGUACCCCUCCCCUAGGCCCUCCAAAUGGAGCCAUGGGUCCCGAAGUGACUGCCAAGUGAAACGUGUUACAAUAUAUGUGUAUAAAAUUUUGAAUGGAAGAAAGAGAACGCGUAUGUGCACACUGGAUCCCUUUAACAACCACUUAGAGCUUUUCCUUCCUCCCUCAGUUUUUCUUUUUUAAACCCCGAACAUUUUCUGCAAUGUAUAGAUUCAAUCCUCUCUACUGAAGUGGCCAAAAGUACCAUGAUGUCACCUCGCUGUACAUUGCAUGGUCGUCUCCGAAAGAUCAAGGGCAGUCAUUGCUGUCUUGCUUCCUCAAAAGAUUGAAGUUGCUCAUUAGAACAAAGGUUUUAGACACGAGACCAUGUCUAAAAAUGUAAAUGAAGUAGAGAAUGAUGAAGUGAAGUAUGAGAUCUGUCCAUGGUGCAGAGCAGAUCAUUCUUCGACCACCAAGGCGAUGUUUCGCUAAUUCACCUUCAUUUCACUGAAUUAUGGUAUGCAGAAGUAUGACAAGCUGAAGCAAAGAUGACCAGUGAGUUAUCAGGAUUCAGUUUUGUAGCCGUGCUAUAGUUCCUUCAAUAUUUGUCAGGCAUUAACACUUUUCAUUGGGACAGCGACCCUGUUUGGAGACGAUCAUGGUACGUUGUAUAUUGUGUACGUAUGUGUAUGCGUGUUUAUGUGUGUACGUAUGUUGCUUGAACAUCACUCCCUGCUUCCAAAAGCAGGGUUUCUCAAUGUAUACAUGCAUGCAAUUUUGCUUUUAAAGUGAACUUCAUUUUGUCAUCGGACUGGACGAUGAACUUUGUUACUGCGCCUGAUGGGCCGGUUUAACAGCCUUGUAUUCCUGCGCGCACAAGGUUUCUCUUCUGUACAGCAUUGAUGGACGAUAUUCAAUGAGUAUAAAAUAAAUGUUUGCUGCUGUUACAAUUUGUAUUGUGAAAUUCCAAGUGAUAAUUCGAAGCAUUAUCAUUUAGUAUUUAAAAAAAACCUGGACUCCUUGUGUACAAUUGUGUCCCACCAAACUAAUUACCGUUUUGCUGAAAUUUGAGAAAUACAUUUCAAAACAGCCUUGAAUUUUUGUCACAUAAUUUAUCCUAUGAUUAAUUAAAAUUAUUUGGUUUCAAUUAAUCGGUUUUAUUGCUUUUUCUAACAACUAUGUCAUCAAUUUCACAGUUCUGUCAAAAAGUUUGACACUAGAUUUCAAAAAAAGAAAAAAAUCUUAGCUAUAUUUUUAAUGUCAUUGUAUUACAUAAUAUCGAGAAGAAGUUUAAAAGAGUUUAUUAAAUGUUCAUUACGUUUUGAACUGUGGUUGCCCAAUUACAGCGAUCCUUCAAAAUUUGUAUUGGUACAGAGUAGAGUUUUAAAAUGCAAAAUUCAAAUUUCAAUAUUUAAACGUUUAAGAUUUUUUAAAAUUUACAUUAAGUGUUUUUCAUCUGUAGUCAACAUUUUAAACUAUUCAGUGGGUGUACUUAAUUCGCAUCCAAAAAUUUAGGGUAAAAAUGCUCUUAAUUUAACCUUAAUAUAGAGCUUAUCAUUAAAUUGAAGUUAUUUAAUAAAUGCAGGCGAUGUAAACCGAUAGAUUAAUCUCGCAUCCCCCCUUUUUUUAAUCAUUAUUCCGGCCCUAACAAGCCAAUAUGACUAAUUGUUUUACCAGCAAUACAACUUUUCAUUCAUAUUAAAAAAAAAAAAACGCUUAAUCAUCACCCACGAUUAUUAUAUGCAGAAAUUAUAUGAAAUUAUCGUUCUUGGCUUCAUUCAAUAUGCUUUCAAUGAGAAAAAAAGUUUCUAUAAGCUAUUCUCUAAUUUCUACUAAGUUUUAAACGAAAAGCGAAAAAGUUGGAAAAAUGCCCAUGAGAGUUAUUUGUACAAUAAAUUGUAAAAUUCAAAAAAUAUUUUUAAAAAUCUUUCUUUUCUCUUUUGUAGAAAUAAAUUAGAACCCAAAUAUUGUUUCAGUGUUGAGGCGUCUGAAUUGAGUGAGUCAUGUAUUUGCAAUUAUUGAAGGAAAAAAACUCAUGUACUGUUAUGAUGUGAAUAAAUU